UCAUUAAUUUCACUGCUAAACACUUUAAUCAUAUAUAUGAUAUACUAUAUAUUUUCACAGUUAUAUUUUCACAACUGUUCAAUGUCAAUAUACUUCUAAAUACACUUUUAUAUCUAUUAGAAUACUCAAAAGGAUAGUUUUUCAAAAUAAUAAUGCAAUGUAGGUCCAGGUUGUGGACUCUACCCGGAUUUUUUUUUUUUUUUUUUUUUUUUUUUUCACAUGUAAACACAUUUACACAUUUAGACUAUUUUUCAGUAAGUCUAGUUACAUUUAUUAGCACUGAAUCUCACACAUUAUAAAUCACAGUUCUAUAAGUUGCAAAUCUACUCUGUUAUUUGCACACAUUAUAGUUUAUUGCCCUGUACUAUUAUCACAUUUCUUUCACUUUUUGGUCUUAUUUUUAGAACAACAUGUAUAUUAGAGUCUAAUAGUAUCUCACUAGCAGCCGCAUAUUUGUAUAAAUAAGAACAUAGUAUAAUCAAUUUUUUAUUAAUUAACAUUUUUUUUGUAGGCUCAGGUUGUGGACUCUUCCCAUAUUAGGCUGUCCCCUUCUAAACAUAACAACUAUGCUAUGCAUGUGGGCUGUAUUAGCCUAGCCCUGAUUGGCUUUGUGGUCAUCCCUUAACAAUUGAUGAUAGGUCCUCAGUGGCCCUGUGACUUAUGAUGUAUAAGGAAGUAAACCAUGUGUCAGGAAGUAAAUCACUCUUAGGAUCAGACAAACUUAGAGCAAAUUGUACAUUGCUGAUCUGAAUGAAAAAAGGAGCAGUCCGGGCGCUACUGUAACCGACGUGAUGACGUCAGACGCUUACGCGUCACUUCCGGUAUUCUGGUGCGGCAGCGGAGGGGCCGGUGGCGUCCAGCACAGCUCAUGGGCUAUUUAGGCCUCUGUCAGGAACCAACCCACAGCUUCAAGGUCGGAGACACAGUGUGCAUCAGACAGCUAAAUAAAGCAAAGAAGGGAGGCUUCCCAUACGGUCCACCUACCGAAGUUGUGGCCAUCAAUCGUACUGCCAUCCUCACAGCCCAGGAGCCCAUCUGGAUCCACGCAUCUAGGGUAAAGCUCUGUCCAAAGAGGGGUGAAGCUGGCUGUCUAGUCCCUUCUGAAACAUCUGUACCGCCAGUCCAGGACGUCUCAGACGACCGUUGUGCCUAAAGAGGUGUGAAGUGUUCACAAAGUCCCUUCUGUAACACCUGCAGCAUUCUCGACUGCCAGUCCAAAGAGGGAAAAAGUUGGUCGCACAGUCCCUUCUGUAACAUCUAUAUCCACAGCACGCUCCUGCAACAACAUGAUCGCCACUCAAGCGUCCCACUACUUGGUGUACUACUACCUUCUCUCCUCCUUGCUCUUGAUUGCAAUACCAGGAUGGAUAAUAGCCUCCUGCUAUUAUGAGACACCGGACGAACAAUAUGGCAUUGCCCCUGCUUGUAAUUACUUCAUCACUCCCCCUGAUUCAUCCCCGGAACAAAACACAACCAAGAACUCAACAACCCUGCCAACACCACAUGUUCCAGCCCUCCGUAGAGCCCGAAGGUCAGCAGACCGGACCCCUUUCAGGGUGACCAAGCACCUACCCUCAAAAAUGGCCAUUACACAAACCACAUCACCACUCUCUACGACCUUUUGGUACAAUUCUUCAAAUCUCCAUGUUGCCACUUAUUCCUUUGACUAUUGUGACAUUGUUCCAUGCCCCGGGGAUGUAUCAACACAAUGUACCAUUUACCAAGAUAUCCCUUCCAGGUCUGUCUAUAUGUGUAUAGGGGAUGAUGAUUGGAGUAAGAAUUGUAAAUACUGGAACGCUGAUGGGUGGGAUUCAGACGCAGGCCUUAGAUGGGCAACUAGUGUAUUAACCGAGAAAGAUAGAAUUAGGAGAUCCUUAAUCGAAAGAAUGACCCUUUCUAAAUCCGGAAUUUGUCUUUCGGCAGGUAAACCCGGACAGAGUAUGAAACUUACCUUGACUAUUGAAAACCCCAGUCCAAUUGAUAGUGGCCCUUAUAUGCUCUCUUUUUGGGAUGGAGGGGCCUUAUCCGAAGCUAAGGGUAGUUUCCAGCUUCAAGAUAUGGUUAAUUCCUCUGAAUGGAACAAAAUUGUCCCUAAAAUUUAUCAAAACCUUGGUCAAACCCUGAUUAAUACCCAGUCCCCAUCGCAGGGCAUGAUUGCUAUGGUUGAUCCCUCACCAAGAGAUACUAUGGCCUUAGAAACAGGUUAUUCAGACAAAAACCUUUGGUUAGAAUGGAUGGCCUUUUCGGCCAAGCAAUAUAAUAGAUCAAAUUGUUAUGUUUGUGGUAAUGCCCGCACCCAUUUAGGUACUGUCCCCCUUAACAUCCCUAGUAACGCUGAGUCCUGCUUUCUCAGCCUGUAUGCUAAUACCAUUGUUAAUCAGUCAACCUGUAUUGCCUGGAAGGAAAAAUACCCCAUUAUUACUAAAACCCCACACCUCAGUGAGGGAAUUACUAUAUAUCCUGGUAACUACACUUGCUAUAGGGGCAGAGGUAAAGGUAGAUUCUUAGGUAACUUUACACCUGGUUACUGUUAUAAGUACAGUAACCUCAACACCCAUAACCACACUCAGUCGUUAGGUGACAUAUAUUGGAUUUGCGGGGAUAUGAAAAUCCGCAUUAGGCUAGAGGGGCGAUGGUCUGGGGAAUGUGCUCUAGCAAAAGUUAUCAUGCCCCUCCACAUUUUAGGUGUAGAUGACAUACACAUACGUAUAGAUGACAUACACAUACACACUCACCGCACCUCCUCUCAUCGUACACGGAGACAGACUAAGGCUAUCCCAGGUAGUUUUGACCCCCAUGUAUACAUAGAUGCUAUAGGGGUCCCAAGGGGGGUCCCAGAUGAAUUUAAGGCCCGUGACCAGGUCAAAGCUGGAUUUGAAUCCAUCUUCCCCAUCAUAACUGCCAAUAAAAAUGUAGACUGGAUAAACUAUAUAUUUUAUAAUCAACAACGUUUUGUUAAUUAUACCAGAGAUGCCCUUAAAGGCAUUGCUGAACAACUCGGCCCAACCUCUUACAUGACAUUCAAAACCGCAUGGCCUUAGACAUGCUUUUAGCAGAGAAAGGAGGGGUGUGUAAAGUCAUUGAUGAUCAAACUGGUGGGUCUUGCUGUACAUUUAUACCUGAUAACACAGGACCCACUGGGAAAGUAACGCUUGCUAUUAAGAAAUUGGAAGAAUUAUCCAUUGAAUUAAAGAAAAACUCAUGCAUUGAUAACCCCUGGGAUAAAUUCUUCACUGGUUUAGGCUUCCUAGAGUGGCUAAAAAAUAUUGGUACCUUUAUUGUUUUCAUUGCUUUGUUUAUACUGUUCUGUUAUUGUUGUUUUAAGAUAGCUGUUUUCUGCAUUGCUAAACAUACACUCCUGCCACCCCCAACUCCUAUUUCCCAGUGUGCAGAAUAUUUACAGAUUCUACCACAUCAACCUAAUCGAAAUCGACAACAUCGUCAAUACCAUCCUGCUAAUACCACAUACAUUAAUGUCCCAUUCCACUCCAGACGCUAGUCCAGUGGUAGUAAUUGUUAUGACUAAAGAGGGGAAUUGUCAGGGAACAUCACUUAUUUGUCUUGCACACUUUCCUAUGUACUUAUUUUACAUUAUCUAUAAUGUUAUGCACUGAUGUCUUCUAAAAAAUAAUAUUUCUUCUAAAACACUUGUAAUAUUGCCAACAUUUCCAAAUAUCAGUUACAUUUACAAAUAUCAGUUACUGAGCUGUCUGCGUCUCUCAACAGGAAAUUUAGGUACUUUUUUUUUACAAACUUUUUCAAAGCCUAACAAACUUUGAUGCUUUACGUAAACCAAAACCGCAAUGCUCUCCAAAAUGUCACGGACCAUUACACACCUACAAUAUUUCCUGUAACUGCAAAAUGUAAAUUUUUUUCUUUCUGUACUUUUUUACAAAUAUUAUCUUGUAUAAGGUAUUACUGUAUUUUGCUUAGCCAAUAAGAUGAUGUCACGUAUCAGAUGCCUACGUGCAUCCAUAUCUAUAUAAUGUGCAACUGCAAUCAGAAUAAAAGGAACAUUUGCUAAUGAUAA